AUGGACUAUACCCAUGCUCGAUCAUUUGAUCACUCUCAACCGCUCAACGACUCUCCCCUACAGCAACAUCAACAACAACGUCAGAGACAGCAACUGGGCAAGCCACAUCAACCCAUAUUCAUCAACGACAAUGAUUCUAGUGGUGUCCAGCGAAAAGACUCGACGAUGACCACCUCUGCAGUCAUGUCGCCCGUUGAGUCUCAACACCACGUCUGGGACCAACAACACUACACUACCGCGCUCCCUGCGGAAUCGCUUUUGACUGUUGACCCGUCAAGUCAAUACUGCGACGACGGUCACACCUUUAUGGCACCGAGCCUCUCCCACCAAUCCGCGUUCGCGCAGCCGGCGAUGCAUCAGCAGUGGUCGGUCACCACAGGCACGGUCAUCCCUGGAUUCGCAGCAGAGUACGUAUCCAAUCAACCACAAUUUGGUCACGGUCAAUAUGCAGAUCAAACAAUGGCCGCUACUCACGCCGCUUGGACCGACACUCACAUGAGUCACCCGCAAAUGGAAUCGCAACCGGCAACACAUACCGUGCAACCAAAUUACCUACAGGGAUCUUUGUCGCCACACGAAAUCGUAGACCACAUGGCACUUGCAGAGCAAGAGGCCGGGCAGCGUCAGAAUGCACGACGCCUUCAUUCCCGUACACCUCAGCGAACUGUGCUCGGCGCCAGGCAAGGCGAUGGGAUUCGCAAGAAGAACAACCGAAUCCCCAUACCGGAAGGACGCAACAUUCACAAUAUCGAUGCUUUGAUUGAUAAUGCUGAUGACGAGGGCUUGGUCAUUGAGCUCAAGCAACAGAAGCGGCUCCUCCGUAACCGCGACGCAGCUUUGACAUCGCGCCAACGCAAGAAGGCCUAUACGGAACAGCUGGAAUUCACAGUCAAGCAAAAUACCGUCCAAUUGAAAGCCUAUGAAAGUGAAUUUGCCCGACUCGAAUCACUCGAGCCUAUCUUGAAAACAUCGCAAGACCAAGUUGCCUUGUUGCAGCAAGAGAAGAUGGAACUUAUCGAGCAGCAUACCCUCGAGACGACCGAGCUUCGGAGAAGAAUCCGAGCCCUCGAGGAUCGCCUCGAGGCUGGCCCUGCGCCAAGUAUGUCUGCAGUGCCCAGCAGUACAGGGUUUACGGAGCUCAACGCGAGCAUCGCGGCGUUGCAUUUCAGUGGUUACGAGCAGUCCACUAAUCAAGAGUGGAAUGACUUUAUUGACAUCAAUGAAAUGGCCGAAGACUAUCAGGAUCCCUCGUCGUUCGACAACGCCCAGAGUCACAUCGAGCCCGAGAGAGGGCUUGAGCAGAAAGCUUCUGUCGCAACCUUGGUGCCGAGUGGUCAAGGCAAGACUGAAAGCGCCACUGACCAACCCGUGGCUUCUAGCCUUCUGUUCAUGAUCCUCCUUUGCGGUGCGCUGUUUGCCUCGAAGCCGACGAGCUCCCAAACCUCCGGCAUGCCUGUGGUCCCUCAGAUGGUUCGAUCCGCUGCCAGCGACAUUUUGCAGGUCCUUCUCGAUUCGGAUUUGUCGACCUCUCACCAUGCCAUUCACACUUCGCUUGGCGCUGCUCGGGAAACGAUGCAAACUGGAAAUGUCCGCGCAUCUGCCGUGAAAUCAACUCCGAUGGACAACUCCUACCACGGUCAAACGAUAUCCACUCAGCACCGAGAUUCCCAUGACGCCCUCGGACUCACUUCAUCGCAGUACACAUCUCUGACUAGCCCAGACUACGCCGAGGCCACGCCCGACUACAGCAUCGGACGGCGCUCGCGUAACCUUGCGCAAGCACUGAUGGAUCUAGAGCGUAAGCACGCCCAGAGCAACAAUGCCGAUGUCUACGUUCGGAGCCUUUUGUGGGAUCACAUCCCCGAACAGGUCAUCCAAGAAUUCAAGGAGAUGGUGCGCGAUCAUCAAAACAUCGAAGGCCAUCAGGACCAGGGACAGCCAUUCACCACAGCAAGCCCACUGGACAUGAUGUAUAAGCCCGAGCCUUGA